AAACAGCGUUGGUGAUGGCGUGAUCAUACAAGUUCAAAAUUCCAAGGGACAACAUUGUGGUCAUGCCCUAGUCAAAGUGGCUGCUAUUGCUGAUGAACCGGGCGACAAGAUACGAUGGUGGCCUAUAUAUAGUAGUGAUCCGGAGGAUGAACCUGUCGGCAGAAUACAAUUAAGCAUGGAUUAUUCAAGUGGUCCAGUUGAAAAUAGUAAUCUUAAGUAUGGUUCCGUUGCAGAAACUGUGGCAUAUGACUGUGUCUUAGAAAUUGCAAUGAAAGUUCAACAUUUUCAGGAAAGAAAUUUGUUAUUACAUGGCCCGUGGAAGUGGUUAUUGACGGAAUUUGCAUCUUACUAUGGAGUAUCAAAGGCAUACACCAAUUUAAGAUACCUUUCCUAUGUCAUGGAUGUCACGACCCCUACCGUAGAUUGUCUCACCUUAGUAUAUGAUCUGCUAGCAGAUGUGAAGGAAAUGAGCACAAAUCUGUUAAGUCAUCAAGAGCACUGCAUUCUGGCGAAGAUUGAGGAUCAAGUAAGGAAGUUGGUUGCUUUGGUUUUUGAGAACUACAAGUCACUUGAAGAAUCUUCGCUGUUGGGGAUGGUGGAUGAUUUUAGGCCUGCCAGUGGAUUGGUUGCGCCUGCUUUGGCACCUGCUGUCCAGAUAUACACCCUUCUGAACGAUAUUUUGAGUCCUGAGGCACAAUUGAAAUUAUUGAAAUUCUUUCAGGUCGCCGCAAACAAGAGGUUAAGAAUGAUCUGUGCCGAGACAGAUGAGCUUGUUCUAACCAGUAAUGAGGGGGCACAGAAAGACUUUCUUACUUCUUAUCAGAGGAUGAAAUCUUUGAUUUUGAAUAUUAGAAAUGAAAUUCUGACUGACAUAGAAAUCGUAAACCAAAAUGUCCUCCCGGGCUGCAUAGAUCUUCCGAAUAUUUCAUCAUGCAUAUAUAGCGUUAACCUCUGCAAUAGAUUGAGCACUUUCCUUGUUGUACGCCCUCCUCCAAGCCUAUCGCCUCCGGUUGCAGAGCUAAUUAUUGCAACAGCAGACUUUCAACAGGAUCUGUCUCUGUGGAAUAUCAGUCCAAUUAAAGGUGGAGUUGAUGCUAAAGAGCUGUUCGACGCACAUAUAUUCUUGUGGAUUCUGGACAAGCGCCGUCAUUUGCUUGGUCAGUGCAAGCUAGAUAAGGCAAAAUGGUCUGGUGUGAGGACAGACUAUGGAACAACUCAUUUUGUUGAUUAUAUGCAAAUUGAGCUGAAGGGAAUGCUCGAUGAAUUUGAAGUCAUCAUUAGUCGCUGGCCGAUAUAUUCAUCUCCUUUGGAGAAUGUUAUCGCGGAUGUUGAAAGGGCAAUCAUCGAAGCUUUGGACAGGCACUAUGCUGAUGUUUUAUCGCCGCUGAAGGAUAAUCUGACAAACAAAAUAUUAGGCUUCAAAUAUGUCCAAAAAUUAUCCAGACAAACCAUUAGCACAUAUUCGGUCCCAAAUGAGUUAGGAAUCCUUUUAAAUUCCAUGAAGAGGACGCUCGAUGUGCUGUGGCCCCAGAUUGAAAGCCAGUUGAUGUCUCGGACUUCUUGCAUCCGCGAUGGAUGUGCCACAGGCGAACAUCUUAAUGACGUAUCUGCUCUACUCAGAACCAAACUUAGAACCUACCGACUAGCCAUUGUCGAGAAGCUUUAUGAGAAUACUAGAGUUCAUAACAAUACAAAGCUGAAGAACAUUAUUCGAUGCUCAAAGGCGGAGGAAUCAGUUGUCCGAAGUAGAAUGCAGCCUUUGGAGGUUCUUUUGCGGGAGAUGGUUGAUCAUCUCCAUACUGUUGUUGAUCCUACCGUGUUUGUAGAACUCUGCCGAGAGUUCUAGGACCGGAUGGGGCAGGAUGUACUGCAUAUCUUGGAGGAUAAGAAAGAGGAGUACAAAGGCUUGCGCGUCGCAGUUUCUAACCUGGAUGACAUAUUUGCAUCAGAAAUGCAAAGACUACGCGGGAACUCGUUGAAAGAAAGAGACUUGUCGCCACCAGGAUCGAUGGAAGAAGUACAUUCCAUGCUGAAAGAUGUUGCACGUAUGUAACAUGGAGAAAUACAGUCAUCAGCUACGAUUUUUUAUGUGGGUGCAGUGUGUACCGAACGUAGAAGACGACCUUAUUUGAUUUCAUUUCCAAUGAAGAAGAAACGCCGGCCAGUGGCAGAACUAAGGAGACAACACGAGCACAAAGUUCCGAGUAACGAAUUUUGACGUGGGAAAAUGACAUUUGCCCAAUUCAUAUGCCUUAUAUAAGAAUGUACAAGCACCACUUGGUGUUAAAAUGUGGGAACUAGGCCUGAGUAUAGAUAGAGAUUUUGCGGGAGUACCCGAAAUAUAAAUUGGUACAUUAUGUGUCCUAAUAUAAGCGAAGGGUCAUUAAAAAUA